GGUUAAUCUCCAUCCGCCUCGGAAGUCAUCGCGAGAUUUCACGAGAGGAUAAGUUGAGGGAACAUGGCGACGUCUAAUUUGCUGAAGAACAAAGGCUCCCUUCAGUUUGAGGAUAAAUGGGACCUGAUGCGUCCCAUCGUACUGAAGCUCCUGCGGCAGGAAUCAGUCACCAAACAACAGUGGUUUGACCUGUUCUCAGACGUCCACGCUGUUUGCCUGUGGGACGACAAAGGUCCAGCUAAGAUCCACCAGGCGCUGAAAGAGGACAUCUUAGAUUUCAUCAAACAAGCACAAGCACGGGUGCUAAGUCACCAGGAUGACACGGCGCUGCUGAAAGCCUACAUCGUGGAGUGGAGGAAGUUCUUCACGCAGUGUGACAUCUUACCCAAACCGUUCUGCCAGCUAGAGAUCACACUGAUGGGCAAGCAGGGGAGCAACAAGAAGUCCAACGUGGAGGACAGCAUCGUCCGCAAGCUCAUGUUGGACACGUGGAACGAGUCCAUCUUCUCCAACAUUAAAAACAGACUACAAGACAGUGCAAUGAAGCUGGUCCACGCCGAGAGGCUGGGAGAGGCCUUCGACUCCCAGCUGGUCAUCGGAGUGCGAGAGUCCUACGUGAAUCUUUGCUCCAACCCGGACGACAAGCUGCAGAUCUACAGGGACAACUUUGAGAAGGCCUACAUGGAUUCUACCGAGAGGUUCUACAGAACACAAGCACCGGCCUACCUCCAGCAGAACGGCGUCCAGAACUACAUGAAAUAUGCUGAUUCGAAGCUGAGGGAAGAGGAGAAACGUGCCCUUCGAUACCUGGAGACGAGACGUGACUGUAACUCUGUACAAGCUUUAAUGGAGUGCUGCGUGAAUGCACUCGUAACGUCCUUCAAGGAGACCAUCUUAGCCGAGUGUCCGGGCAUGAUCAAACGAAAUGAGACAGAGAGUGAGUACGGCAGGACUGCUCCCGCCAAAGGCUCAGCCAGCUCAGAGCUGCAUCUCAUGUUCUCCCUCAUGGACAAAGUGCCCAGUGGCAUCGAGCCCAUGCUGAAGGACCUGGAGGAGCACAUCAUGAGCGCUGGCCUGGCCGACAUGGUGGCUUCAGCAGAGACGAUAACCUCCGACUCUGAGAAAUACGUGGAACAGCUGCUCACCUUGUUCAACCGCUUCAGUCGACUGGUGAAAGAGGCCUUUCAGGACGACCCCCGCUUCCUCACAGCCAGAGACAAAGCGUAUAAAGCUGUUGUGAAUGACGCCACGAUAUUUAAAUUAGAGCUUCCUUUGAAACAGAAAGGGGUAGGAUUGAAAACUCAACCCGAGUCUAAGUGUCCGGAGCUGCUAGCCAACUACUGCGACAUGUUGUUGAGGAAGACGCCGCUAAGCAAGAAGCUCACCUCUGAAGAGAUCGAGGCCAAGCUCAAGGAAGUGCUUUUAGUGCUGAAGUACGUCCAGAACAAAGACGUCUUCAUGCGCUACCACAAAGCCCACCUGACCCGUCGGCUCAUCCUGGACAUCUCAGCGGACAGCGAGAUAGAGGAGAACAUGGUGGAGUGGCUCAGGGAAGUGGGGAUGCCAGCUGACUAUGUCAACAAGCUGGCCAGGAUGUUUCAAGACAUCAAGGUGUCCGAGGACCUCAACCAGUCUUUCAAAGAAAUGCACAAACACAACAAGCUUGCUUUACCAGUGUGCUCCCUUGCAGCGGACUCCGUCAACAUAAAGAUCCUAAAUGCUGGAGCGUGGUCGAGGAGCAGCGAGAAGGUCUUCGUCUCUCUCCCCACGGAGCUGGAGGACUUGAUACCGGAGGUGGAAGACUUCUACAAGAAGAACCACAGCGGCAGGAAGCUUCACUGGCAUCACCUCAUGUCCAACGGCAUCAUCACCUUUAAGAAUGAGGUGGGCCAGUACGACCUGGAGGUGACCACCUUCCAGCUGGCCGUGCUGUUCGCCUGGAACCAGAGGCCGAGGGAGCGAAUCAGCUUCGAAAACCUCAAAUUAGCCACCGAGCUGCCCGACGCAGAGCUGCGACGCACACUCUGGUCUCUGGUGGCGUUUCCCAAACUCAAGCGACAGGUGUUGUCGUACGACCCGGUGGUGUCUUCACCCAAAGACUUUGCAGAAGGAACACUAUUCUACGUCAACCAGGAGUUUUCUCUCAUAAAGAACUCCAAGGUUCAGAAAAGGGGGAAGAUCAACCUGAUCGGUCGGCUGCAGCUCACCACGGAGCGAAUGAGGGAGGAGGAGAACGAGGGCAUCGUCCAGCUCAGGAUACUAAGAACACAGGAGGCCAUAAUCCAAAUAAUGAAGAUGAGGAAGCGCAUCAACAACGCCCAGCUGCAGACGGAGCUGGUGGAGAUCCUAAAGAACAUGUUUUUACCACAGAAGAAGAUGAUCAAGGAGCAGAUCGAGUGGCUGAUAGACCACAAGUACAUAAAGCGGGAUGAGACGGAUAUAAACACCUUCAUCUACAUGGCGUAGCGCGGCACGUCAAGCGGGAUUGGCUCGUGUUGACUUUGGUUUCAGUGGAUCAGGCCUGAUGGACACUAGAAUACUUCCAGGCUCCCCGUCCUCUAUUUAAAUAAAAAAUGAAAUCUUGUGCAGGGAGGCAUGAAUUUAAGACUGAGACCUGUUUAAAAAAAAAAAAAAAGAAAGAAAGAAAGAAAGAAAGAAAAAAAACGAAGAAGAAGUGGAACUUCCUGCCUUAAAGUUGUACAAAGAGAAAAAAAAAUAAGAUAAAAAAAAGUGCAAAAGUGGGAGUUUGCACCAAGUGGUCAUAAUUGUUUUUAGUUGAAGGGAGAUUCCUUUUGCUGUCCAGGUGAGGCUGUGAGUUGUGAAUGGUCCGUUUUCUGAUGCCGUCGUGGGUCGUCUGGGCUGCUGCUGCUGCUGCUGCAACACUCCUGCUCAACGCUUGUGCGAGUCUAGAGGUACGGCGACGGGAAAAGGCAGAGGAACUCGAAGUGUCUGCAGUCCAGUUUUAAUCCAGACCACCUGAACCUUGAACAAAAAAAAAACAACAACACCCUCUCCCCUCAAAGGCGACGCUGCUAUAACCAGGCCAGUUUGGUUUAUCGCGGUGGUGUGGGAGCCGUCCUGACUCUCUGCAGUCACAGUUUAAAGUGAUCAAACACUUCAUCCGGACAUUCAUUGUGUAUAAAAAAGCCUGAUAAAGCACUUCACAGUUUGCAAGACUGAACCACGUGGCGACGUAGAGACUCCAGACCCCGUGAAGCCUCUGUCCCUGGGUAGAAAGAUAAAUAAAUGAAUGAAUAAAUAAAAAGAAUGUGGAGCGUAAUUAGUAAUUAAUCCACAAUCAGAGCCGGUCUACCAGGCGUACCCGGGGACAGAGGUGGUGUUGGACCCGGAGCUCAGAUCAUGUCUGGGAGUGGAAGCUGAGGUCAGUAUUAUACUACAAUUCACAAGAGAGUGUACCAUGAGAUGUGAAUAAUGAAAUGAUUAAAUAAACAGCACCUUAUUAUAAAA